GCGAUAAACCCGAACGCCUCACUCGAAGCCGUGUCGCCGCUGGCAGGAGGGAUAACCCUGACUACUCAGCUGUAUGACUAAGUGUGACUGCCUCUGAAUACACCUCUAUUUUUAUACCUAUCAAAAUCCUGCGUGACAGCCUGCCAGUCCUCCAACCCACUGAGCUCGGUCCUGGGAAGGAUAUCUAACCAGACCCUUGAAGCAGUUGGGGCGCGACAAUGCUGGCGCGUCGCCCCCCGAGGUCCCUCAUUAGGACCUCCCCCAGGGCUUUGUCCCUCCUCGCGGUGUCCUUUCCGCGGAGGAGCGCGCGGCUAUUUUGGGUCGGCGUGGCUGUUUGCGAUGCCAUCAGGACGGUCAUACCUCCUCGCGGUGCCCUUACACCACUGCCCUUGACCGCCACUACGCUGACCUUUCCCGCCAACGUCGUGCUCAGUGUCGCUGCACUGCAUCGCCUUUUCGCCAUCCUCUCUGACCCUGAUCGCACCCUCCCGAUCAUCCCAGUACGACUCGGGACCUCCACGAGGGUGUACUCAGCGCUGUGGGAUUCCGCUUCUCAGGGCGACCUCAUUCACCCACGCGUGGUGAAAGAAGCCCGCUUACCCACGACAGGGUCUCCAACUCUCAUCUCCGUUACCCUAGGGGACGACAAGACCCAACGCUUCUUCGAUCAGAGGGUCACCGACCUCCCUUUCUUCCUCACUCUCGAGCCGACUGAUCGUUCCCCAGCGUCUCGUCGCCACCGCUCCUCUGCACAUUUCGAUGUGAUGGAGACGGGGUACGACUUCAUUCUCGACACUCCGUGGUCUCGUCGGUUCCGCAGCACCGAGGCCGAUUGGGCGACCAACACUCUCGAUUUCAAAACGAAGUGUGGACAGACAUAUCGCGUACCUUUCAUAGGUACCACCGCGACACCACGCCUCGAUCCUCCUCCCCCGGAGCCUUCCGUGCACACACCACCUCCUUCUAUCACUUUCACCUCGCCUCGACAGUUCGCCCACUUCAUCCGACAGGACGAUGUCACCUUCUUUACGGUGAGCAUGACGGAUCUCUUACACUAUGAUCCACCCUGUCCCGACGCCGAGCUCAUCCCUCUGGAGCCAGAUCCUCCUUCUAUCUCCAUGGCUCCCAUCUCUACUUCCGUCCCUCCGCCGUCCGUCGAGUCGACCCCGCCGUCUCGCGCUGACGCUGACGCUGAGGAACUCGUACGAUAUACGGCUGACCUGGAACCCGCAGUUCGUGACCUCAUUCGAGAGUACCACGACGUUUUCCCAUCGUCGUUCUCGUACGCCGGCAUCCGACCGAUGCUCGACGUCGAGCACUCCACCCAGCUUGUGCCUGACUAUCGUGUUCACCACCAGGCACCCUACAGACUCUCGAUCCCCGAGGCCACCAAACUCAAGCGUCAGCUUGAGGAGCUCCUGAGACUGGGUUUCAUUAAACUCAGCAACUCCCCAUGGGGUGCAUCCGUCCUCUUUGCUCGCAAAGCGGAUGGAACUCUCCAUCUCUGCAUCGACUAUCGCGGCCUCAACCGCUACACGGUUAAGAACACCUACCCCAUGCCUCGUUCCGACGAGCUGUUCGACUGCCUAGCAGGCAACCGCUUCUUUACGAAGAUUGAUCUUUGUAGCGGUUACCGUCAAAUCCGUGUCGCUACAGCCGACCAGCCGAAGAUAGUGUUUCGAUCGCGCUUCAGCCACUACGAGUUCACGGUGAUGUCAUUCGGCCUCACCAACGCACCAGCUACUUUUCAGAGGGCGAUGAACGACAUCUUCAGGGACAUCCUGGAGCAGUACGUUCUCGUCUACCUCGACGAUAUCGUGGUCUACAGUCGUACCUUUGAGGAACACCUCAGAGACCUCCGCGACGUCCUUGACCGCUUGCGCAGACAUGGCUUUUAUGCCAAGCUGAGCAAGUGCCGCUUUGCCCAGCACAAAGUGGAUGUCUUAGGACACUACGUGUCUGACCAGGGUCUCCACAUGGACGACGCAAAGAUCACUGCUAUCGCGGAGUGGCCCGUCCCCACAUCCGCCAAGCAGCUUCGCAGCUUCCUAGGCCUGACCAGCUACUAUAUACUACGUGUCCGAGCAGUAGCAGAGUUCCAUAACCAGGAAGCCGUCGGUCAUAUGGGUUUCCACAAGGCGUUGGCUCGUGUGAGCCGCCUGUACGUCUGGCCGAAGCGCAAGGACUUUGUGAAGGACUACGUCGCAGAGUGUCCUACCUGUCAGGAGGUGAACAGUGCGAACCACCUUCCUUAUGGUUUGCUCCAGCCUCUUCCUAUCCCUAAGGGUCGUUGGCAGUCCAUCUUGAUGGACUUUAUCGGUCUUCUUCGUCCUCCGACCCCCCGCGGUCAUGAUGCUAUCCUGGUCAUCGUCGACCGCUUCACGAAGCGUGCACGCUUUGUUCCGUGCCGCUAUGCCAUCAGUGCACGUGAGGUCGCCGACAUCGUGUUUGACCGAGUCGUGUGUGACCACGGCUUACCUCUGAGCAUCAUAUAUGACCGUGGCCCGCGCUUUACCAGCCGAUUCUGGCGACGGCUCCACGAGGUGUACGGCACUCAGCUCCGCUUCUCCUCGUCUUACCAUCCUCAGACUGAUGGUCAGACCGAGAUCAUGAACAGGACUCUCGUAGAUGUUCUCCGAAAGAUUGUUUGUGACGACCAGCAGUGGGAUCUCCAUCUUGCCCACACGGAGAUAACCUACAACCACGCCGUCUCGCCAGCCACGGGGAUGUCGCCUUACUAUUGCGACCUCGGCUAUCACCCUUGUGUUCCCGCGGACUUCCUUCGACCAUCACAGAUGCACCCCGACACGAGUUGUCCCGCGCUGGAUAAUUGGGUUGCACACAUGACGUCGAUCAUGAAGACCGCACAUGAGCACAUAGCUGCUUCCCAGACUCGCAUGGCAGCACGUGCGAACCGAUCGAGSAUGGAUCAUCCAUUCAAAGUCGGUGAUGAUGUGCUUAUCGACGCCCGCCACUUACAGCUCGAAGCGGACAUGCUUCGCAAGUUUCGGCGUCGCUUCUUUGGCCCAUGCCGCAUCCUCCAGGCUGUCGGUUCUGAUACGACAUCUAGCCCGGUCAGCUUCCGUGUGAAGUUGCCCGACUACCUACGCCAGGCUCGUGUGCACGAUGUCUACCACGUCUCGUUACUGCGUCCUUACCGCAGACCGUCUGAGCGUUUCGCUGGAGGACCAUACGAGCGCCCUCCACCCAUCAUGGUGGACGGCUACGAGGAGUUCCUCGUUUCAGACAUCAUUGGUCGCCGAGUCACCGAUGACAACCCUCCCCACGUCGAGUAUCUCGUACGUUGGAAGGGUUACCCUGAUGAGGAGGCUACCUGGGAACCCCUUGAGCACUUGCAGCACGCUCGCAUGUUGGUGCGUGCCUAUGACCGUGCUCAUCGUGCUGGGUUCACUGCUCMUCCUCAGCCCACUGACCCUCCUCCUUCUCCCCCGGCUGAGGAGACCGCUGAAGUCGAGCCUGCUCCAUCUGAGGCAGACCUUCAUCAGCAGUCGGAUGCUUCUGAGCGUCCACAGCGCACUCGUCGUCGUCCUGCUCGAUACGACGAUUGACU